CAUUGACCGAAGCUGAUGGUGUUCCUGGCAACGACCGUCCGCCGCGCCGCCGUGAAGGCGGCAUCUGCACGGCCAACAGUUGUAAGCCGCAGCUUCGCCACGUCCGUACGUCCAGCCAACUCGGCCAUACUGCAGCAGCUCGAAAUGUUUCCAGAGUUCAAGGAAAGCGCUGACGCGUGCAACAAGCACCUCUUUGAUCGCGCCGUUGCGCCGUUAACGCGCAUGUUGCAAGUUUGCGACACUAUAUCACCGGCGUUGGCGGUGGAAGCUGCAUGGGAGCUGGGCAAGGUACACGCUCGUCUUGGUCACGUCGAGGAGGCGGUCCGAUACUUCCAGCGAGACGUGGUACAUGGAACCGAACAGUCUGUCCGGGUGCAACUGGCACAUGGCGAUGGUGCCGCCGCACUUGUCUUGGCAGGUGCAUUGCCGUCCCCGUCGAAAGAGGUCUAUAAGGGAAUCGCGCAAUACGUACUGAGUGGCGACGUCGUUCUACCUGAAUCCCACGAUGCAAUUUCUUCGACCAUUGGUGUCUCUGUCAACAAGGCCAACUACGCCGCUCUUGCAGCGGCCAGCGACCUGUCCAGUCUCGGCGCCACAUCGAGCCAGCCGUUGGAAGCAUCACCGGCAAGCCAUUCGCACCUGGAUGAAGCUGUCGCGUUGUGGAAUGACCUCGUUGAAGCCUUGCCGUCCCAGGAUGGCCUCACUCGAGCGGACUUGUCGUUCCUCGCGUCCAUUUUAACCAAUUUGGGCGAAGUCUACCUGGCACAAGGGCGCACUGAAGACGCCAUGAACAUCCUUGGUCAAGCGCUCAAGCGCAAUGAAGCUGUGCCGUCACAGCCGCUCGAGUUGGCGCGGACGCUGGGUCUGCUUGCCAUUGGUUACCACCGACUCGGGCAAGCCGUGUCCAGCGAAGGUUUGUUUUCGAGCAGUUUGGACAAGUUCGAAGCGGCAACUCAGCUUAGCCGCGUGCACACUGUCGCGUACGCCAAGACGUUGGUCGGGUACGGCCACUUGCUCAAGCAAUGGGAAAAACGCGAGGCGGAUGGCGACGCCAAACUCGCCAAAGGCAACGCUCUCCUUGGACACGAUUCGUGGGUGACGCUAGUGUACUUGGGGUUGGAGUAAUGCAGUCGAGAGUGUCGGUGGCUUGUCCUGUUUGA